UUGCUUUGAAAAAUAUAUUGCAAUAAGCAGCCUUGGGCCUUACCCACAGGUGGACUUACAAACAUGGUGGCCUUGGGUUGCUUUCUCUUUUUCCUUGUAUCUUUCUGUUCUUUUUCUCCAUCCUAUUUUGCAUUAUCUGAUAUCGAAGCUGCUUCUAUUGCCCGUCGCCAACUUUUAAGUAACAAUGGCCAGCUUUCAAAUACAUACGAGUCUGAAAUGACCAUUAACAUGAAAUUCGAAAAUGCCAGGUUGAAGAAAGCUUAUGUUGCUCUUCAGGCAUGGAAGAAAUCUAUUUACUCUGAUCCAACAAACUUCACAGCUAAUUGGGAGGGUAGCAAUGUAUGUGCCUAUAACGGUGUCUUUUGUGACAAUGCUCUUGAUGAUCCCAACAUCUCUGUUGUUGCUGGGAUUGAUCUUAACCACGCAGACAUAGCUGGACAUCUCCCUGUGGAGCUUGGCCUCUUGGCUGAUGUGAGUCUCAUCCACAUUAAUUCUAACAGAUUUUGUGGAAUCAUUCCCAAGAGCAUUACAAAUCUUACCCUUUUGGAUGAGAUUGAUUUCAGCAACAAUCGUUUCGUGGGGCCAUUCCCUGAUGUUGUGCUUGAGUUGCCUAAACUCAACUAUCUUGAUCUUAGGUUCAACGACUUUGAAGGUCAAGUACCUUCCUCCCUAUUUGAGAAGAAUCUUGAUGCAAUAUUGAUCAACAAUAACCGAUUCCAUUCCACCAUCCCUGAAAGCUUGGGCAAUUCCAAUGCUUCCGUGGUGGUAUUGGCAAAUAACAAGUUCUAUGGUUGCAUCCCGAGCAGUAUAGGUAAAAUGGGCAACUCAUUAGAUGAGCUUGUAUUCAGAAACAACGAGCUCUCUGGUUGUUUGCCUGAAGAGAUUACUAAGCUCACGAGCCUAACACUGCUCGAUAUUAGUGGAAAUAAGUUUGUUGGAUCGUUGCCUCAGGAUUUGAAAUCGAUGCAGAAAGUUGAAAUCUUUGACAUUGCAUCGAACAAGUUGAUGGGAAAUGUUCCAAAGAACCUUUGCACGUUGCCUAGUUUGAAGAAUUUCACAUUCUCAAAGAACUACUUUGAGAGCAUGGAUGAAACAUGUAGGCCAUCAGAGUCGAAGCAAGUUAAGAUAGAUGGUAAUGAGAACUGUUUGAGAGGAAGAUCAGAGCAGAGGACGGAGAAAGAGUGUUUCCCAGUAGUGAGCAAGCCUGUUGAUUGCAGUAAAGGUCAUUGCGGAGUUUCAAGGGAAGGGCAGAGUCCAAAAGAUCCACCUAAAACCGUGACUCCUUCAAAACCAUCAACACCAACCACUCCAAAACCAAAGCCAUCUCCACCACCACCAGUGGCCUCACCUCCUCCACCACCAAAAACCUUGCCUCCACCACCACCAAAAACCUCGCCUCCACCUCCUGUCCACUCACCACCACCACCGGUAGCAUCACCUCCCCCUCCCGUCCACUCACCACCACCACCAGUAGCAUCACCUCCACCUCCUGUCCACUCACCACCACCACCGGUAGCAUCACCUCCACCUCCAGUCCACUCACCACCACCACCGGUAGCAUCACCUCCACCUCCAGUCCACUCACCACCACCACCAGUCCAUUCACCACCACCACCAGUCCACUCACCACCACCGCCAGUCCACUCACCUCCACCACCAGUUCACUCACCUCCACCUGCUCCGGUAUUCUCUCCUCCACCGCCAGUCCACUCUCCACCACCACCACCAGCUCCGGUAAUGUCUCCACCUCCACCCACUUUUGAGGAUGUCGCUCUUCCCCCAACAUUGGGCUCGCUAUACGCCUCACCACCACCACCAAUUUUCCAAGGUUAUUAAGAGGAUCGCCAUUCUGAUUUCAAUGGCACAAAAACUACAUAACAAAUGUGUACCAAUCAAUCUGUAAACACACAUAUCAAUUGAAAAAAAAACAUUUACAUUAUCAAUUGUACACUGAAAAAUUGGAAAUUUGCUAUUAGAUGGUGCUGAUCAUUCUACAGUUUCAACA